UAUAUCUUAUCCCUCACUUUAACCCCACAAAAACAUUUCAUUUUCUCUCACACAAGAAUAUUAAUCUUCAAAUAUGGAACCAACAUGCGGGGAUACUUCACUCGAUCUUAACGUUGAUCCUUCUACUAUGCACAUGGAUGGGGCUUUGGUAGAAGAGUUGCGUCGUCUAAGUUGUGAGAACAAGAGGUUGACCCACUUGUGUGAGAACUACAUGGCUCUGCAAAAGCAACUGAGCCAAUUGAUCAACACGAAUUUUGAUCAGCAAUUAGACUACCCAAUUGAAUCUUCACGCAAGAGAAAAGCUGCCGAGAGUGAUCAAUGUUGUACCAACAAAUUUGUUGGUGUUAGUAAUAAUAAUGCUGAGUGCAGCUCCAUCAUCACUGAGGAUUCAUUCAAAAAGUACAAGGACUUCAACUCCUCGCCUAAGGUUUCCAAGUUUCUUGUCAAGACUGAAGCAUCUAACAAUAGCUUAUAUGUGAUGGACGGAUAUCAAUGGAGGAAAUAUGGUCAGAAAGUCACUAGGGAUAACCCUUCUCCUAGAGCUUACUUCAGGUGCUCCUUUGCCCCAAGCUGCCCCGUGAAAAAAAAGUCUUCACAAAACAAGAUCAAGUUAUCAAAUUUUUCUAAUGUAUCUCAUCACCGAAUGAUCAUUUGGGUGCAAAGGAGUUUAGAGGACCCUACAAUACUUGUUACAACGUAUGAAGGAGAGCAUAACCAUGGUCAUCAAAGAGCUGAAAUAUCACUUGUCUCAAACCAAAGUGAAGCCCUUCCUCCUCUUAAAGGGUCAAGUCCUGUUUCCUCACCUAAUACAGCGACAAUUCGAAGUGCUGUUUGCCCCACCGUAACGCUUGAUUUGGUCAAGUCAGGAUUGGUUGAAUUUGAAAGUGCCCAAAAGUCCUCUAUCCAGCAAUUUUUGGUUCAACAAAUGGCUACUUCUUUGACAAGGGAUCCCAAUUUCACAACAGAACUUGCCACUGCCAUUUCAGGAAAAAUUCUAGAGGCCCAAUGGUGAAUUAUUAACCUAGGUGUAACUUAAUUCAUAAUAUAUACUGAAUUUGUGGGAGAUAUCCCCAAAAUACAAUUUUAGAGAAAUGUGAUAAAUUUUAAAUGUAAUUAAAUCUCGGACUAAGAGAUUAUAGUUGUUGUUAAUAAAAAACACACAUCAUUAUUAUGAACAAA